AUGCAUCAAUUAGAUAUUGAAUUAUUAGAUAUUCUCGAAAAUGCUGUAAAUAAUGGAAGAAUAAAUUUAAAUAAAAAUAAAUAUAAAAAUAAUAAUUCUGCACGUUCUCGACCUAUUUAUUCUGCUAAAACUCAUGACAAGGAAGAAAUUGAUGAAUUUUCUUCAGGGGUAACUGGAUUUGCAUCUCUUCUUUUUCCUAUAGACUGGAGCAAUAGCAAUACUAUUAAUGUCUUAAUCGGAAUUGCUGUUGUUGUUACUCUUAUUGCAUUGGUUGGAUUAAUAGCUCUAUGCGUAUUUCGAUAUAAACAUCGAAGAAUGAGAAGGCACCGAGCAGAGCAAAUACGUCGUCGUCAUCAACAGCAUCAACAACAAGCUUAUCGUAUAGGAGGUGUUGGUGGAGGUUUUCACUCAGCAGCUGGAUUACUUGCUGCCGUUAAUGGAGCUAAAGCAUCUUCUAAUUAUUCAACACAUUUCGAUAAUGGAGGUGCUUUAAAUAGCAGUGGUGGAAUAUUUAAUACAACGGGCCAUUCUUGUUUAUUUGGAAGCAAUAAUAAUUUCUAUAUACCCUCUAAUUCAUCGGGGACAUUAUUGCGAGCUAGUCAUUUUGAACGAGGAAGCAAAUUAUAUGAAUCACAGGCAAGCUUAUUAAUUUUUUGGCAAAACAUUACUUGA